CAGCAUCAAUUUGGCUUCCCAGCAAAUGUUACAAACAGGAGUACACUGUCCUUUCGUCAAAGCACAGUGACAGUGAAGCUCUCUUCCUUUCUUUCUUCCAAGCUGGAACUCAUGGCUUCAUCAUCAGAUGUGUGUCCCACUGAGGAUGCUCUUAAGGCAUUCCUAGAAUACUUGGUUGAUCCAGUGCUGCCAGCUAAACCUUCUACACCAGAUAACCCCCCUUCACCGUCUCAACAGCACUUAGUUGCAAAACAGGUUCAUUCUGUUGUGUUACUAUACAACUACUACCACAGAAAACAAUAUCCAGAGCUUGCAUUUCUGCCCUUUGUUGAAUUUUGCAAGUUAGCUUUGGUUCUGAGACCAACUUUAUCAGUGCAUAUGAAAUCUAUGCUGAAGCCUGAUGAAACUGAGCUUGUGGAGCAGUUGUCAUUAACAGAAGACAAGAUCUUGAAUGCAUGUAAUAUAUGUACAUGCUUGGAUGCAUCAAAAAAUGUUCCUGAUGUAGAGGGAUGGCCAAUUUCAAAAGUUUCCGUCCUUUUAAUCGACAGUAAGAAGGAGAACUGUUUCUUGCUUUUUAGUUACAUCACUGAGGGAGUAUGGUCAGUGGUUGAAAAAGAUGUGGAUACCUUCAGCCAAAGUUCUGAAAUUACAAGUGGAGCCAUACAAACAUACAAAAAGAGAAGAGUCAUAAAAAAGCCUACAAAAAAAGAAUUAAAUUCUGAGGAAGAUGGAAUUUUGCAAAUUGGAUAUUCUGCUGUAAAGGAAGCUGCAGGUAUUAAUAAAACUGAUAUUACGUCUUUUGAAAGCUACACUGUGUAUUCUCAGAGCAAAGUGAAGACAGCUUCACGCUUUUAUAUAAUGAAGUGCUCCCAGUUGAUCAACAAGGAAUUUAUUCAACCUAUCAAAUCUUUGAUUGAAAGGUUGCGAGGUCCAUUGAUCAAUAGGAGUUCUAGCUGUUGGACAGUCACCUCAGUUGUUGAGUAUUUCCAUGUGCUUCCUUAUUCUGAAAUAAUCUCAGAGUGGAUUUCUAGAGAAACAUUCUCAAAUAGUUUGCAAGGUUCAAGGCUGGCAGAGAAAAACACGAUGAUGGGCUGCCCUGAAGUGAAAAAAUCAUAUAUAAGUAGUGAGGGCAUGUCUAUUGGCCUCGAUAUUAAGCCAAGCAUUGAUGCUAUUGAAGCACUUAAUCAGAACGAGAACAAUGGAAGCUGUGCAGUUACAUGUUCUGCUUCUAUCAAGGAAACCCAGAAUGUGUAUGUGGACAACACUUUAGCUUCUCCAUCUAAAAAUAAAGAAGAAUGCCAGCAUAUUGCCAACACUUUACAAGUUAAUGAAGAUCAAGAAAUAGAAAAUCCAUUUGUACAACAUUACUCAAAUCGAUCUAAAAACCCUAUCAAGGCUGAGUAUGGUGGUUCUACAAGAAUGCUCAUCACUGAGGGUGGAACCAAAGAUCAAUCAAAGGGAAAGAUUUUGUCAAAGACUGCAAAAGCCUCUUUUGAAAAUGAUCCCACAGAAGAAUGUGUCUUGAUUGCAUAUAAUCCCAUCUCUGAUCUUGAAAAGUUCCAAACUAUAGCAUCAAAUGGAAAGACAUUGUCAAAGACUGCCGAAGCCUCUUUUGAAAAUGAUCCCAUAGAAGAACGUGCCUUGAUUGCAUAUCAUCCCAUCUCUGAUCUUGAAAAGUUUCAAACUAUUGCUUCAAAAGGAAAGGCAUUGUCACAGAUUGCCAAAGCCUCUUCUGAAAAUGAUUCCAUAGAAGAAUGUGCCUUGAUUGCAAAUAAUCCCAACUCUGAUCUUGAAAAGCUCCAAAUUAUAGCUUCAAAGGGAAUGACAUUGUCACAGACUGCCAAAGCCUCUUUUGAAAAUGAUUCAAUAAAAGAGUGUGCCUUGAUUACAAAUAAUCUCAACUCUGAUCUUGGAAAGCUCCAAAUUCUUAUAGCUUCAAAGGGAAAGUCAUUGUCACAGACUGCACUCAAUGCUCUUAUGCAAAAGAGGAAUGCACUGGCUCUUCAGCAGCGCAUGAUAGAGGAUGAGAUUGCUCUGUGUGAUAAAAAAAUUCAGAGAAUGUUAACUCUAGGUGGGGAAGAUGACUUGGAGUUAAGUAUCGAAUCCCUCAUAGAAGGCUGUAAUGAUACAUGGGUAAGAAAUCAAGGAAGGACGUGCCAACAUCUUGAGGAUCAACACUUACCUCCAUAUAUUAAGCAGAGAAGACUGACAGAGGCAGUGCUCAUUAUGCAAAGUCCUUGUGAGGAACUAGAUGGUAUAUGUCGUGAAAAUAGUUGGCUACUACCAAUUUACCGUGUAUCUGAAUCAAAUGGUGGAUUCCAAGCUACUGUAGCUGUUAAAGGACUAGACUUUGAGUGUUCCUGUGGAGGUAACCUCUGUGCCCAUCCUCACGAAGCAAGAGAUUCAGCCGCUGCUCAGAUGUUAGCCAACUUAAGAAAUAUGGCAAAAUCAGACCACUGAUUUUGGCUCUUCUGUCGUAAGCAUAGAAAUGGCAUGCUUCUUUGGUCCGUGUCUUCCUAGGGUUCUUGGUUUUUACUGUAAAGUAGGAAUAUUGGGGAAACUGCAGUUUGCUUUUAUGAUUGAAUUGUGGCUUAAAUAUUUUUUUGGUUCUUGUAAGUUAGUGUUUUUUUUUUUAAUGUUUAUUCCUAUAAGUUGGUGUUUUUUCA